AUGUCUCGAGAUGACUUCCCCUGGGACAUUGGCGUCUACGAUGCCCAUUGUCACCCCACUGAUACCAUGGCUGCGGUGGCCAGCAUCGCCGCCAUGAAAGCCACGACGUUGACUGUCAUGGCCACGCGCGGAGAAGACCAAGAGCUCGUGCGCCAGAUAGCCCAGUCACUUAAUGGCGACGGAGCUCACAAGGUACUACCUUGCUUCGGAUGGCAUCCGUGGUUCUCCCACCAGAUCAUGGAUGACUCUCAAUCAACCCCGGUGCACAAAGAUUCCCACUACAAAGCCGUGCUCUCGCCGACCCCCGAUGAUCCCGAGUUCAUCAAGCACCUCCCAACACCAAAGGUACUGUCGGAUCUAAUAUCGGAAACAAGAGACCGCCUACAGCAGUUUCCCAAUGCCCUCGUAGGGGAGAUCGGACUGGACAAAUCAUUCAGAUUACCCGGCAUCUGGACACCGCAAGACCUGGAAAGCCGAGACGGCCAGCUCACGCCAGGAUCACGCGAAGGACGUCGUCUAUCACCGUACAAGGUGAAAAUGGAGCAUCAGCGAGCCGUGCUAGGCGCGCAGCUCCGUCUUGCUGGAGAAUUGGGCCGCGCAGUCUCAGUACACAGCGUCCAAGCGCACGGUGCGGUCCUAGAGAUCUUGAAAGAACUUUGGGUCGGCCACGAACGAAAAGUGAUGUCCCGACGAGAAAGAGAGCGACAAAGAGACGCAGAGGGAGCCAUUUCCGAUGACGAGAAAGAAAUAGAGAAGGAACAUACACCCAGAAACCCCUUACCUGCUCCAUUUCCUCCACGGAUCUGCAUGCAUUCUUACUCCGGGCCUGUCGAGACGAUCCGUCAGUUCCUGAACAGGGCGAAUCCGUCGGAUGUAUAUUUCUCUUUUUCGGCGGUGAUUAACUUUAGUGGCGUGCAGGCAAAGAAGGCCUGUGAUGUGAUUAGGGCAUUGCCGGAUGAUCGCAUCCUGGUUGAAAGUGACUUGCAUGUGGCCGGGCCGCAAAUGGAUCAAUUGUUGGAGGAAGUGACGCGGCAGAUCUGUGAUUUGCGAGGGUGGGAGUUACGGCACGGGGUGCAGCUGCUAGCUGAUAAUUGGAAGCGGUUUGUUUUCGGCUGA